UGAAAAUAAACCCUUCAGGUUUGCACUUCUUUGUCUAAAUCAUGACUGGAUUUCUUUAUCCAAAUCUUUACAUUACAGCUUGUCUAUCUCAAAUCCAGCUGGCAUUCUUGGUUUCUUCCGAAUCCGCCCUGACCGCGCCUGUGUACCCUCUUCAGUUGGUAUUUCAGGAAGUGGGAGACCAUGAUCAGCAUCAUCAAGAGCCUCAGAUGUUCUCUUUUGAGACUGCCUUCGCUCUGCUUGCCUGCCUUGGGUUACUGCUUGCAUGGAAGUGAGCUCAUCAGCCUCAUCCUUUGAUCUAUCCUCUGAUCCACCCUCUGAAUUAUGAUCUG